CACCAAAUAUAAAUUGUGUUUGUAUACUGAAAUGAAAUUACAUUUUUGUGGUUAUGUCCACAAAUCCGUUUGAAGUCACGUGACUUCGGUUGACCAAUCAAAUCGAUGCAUUUAUUCGUUUAUGCAUCAUGAAGGAAACCUGUUGUAUCUUGCCCCUACACCACUCAAUUUAAUUUAAGUUAAAAUGGCUCCUAUAAUAACCCGCGGAAAGAAACUAGGAUCUUCUAAUAAAACAAAUUACGAUGCCUCGGAAAAAGAAAACAUUUAUUUACGUCGUUUGACUGAUUACCAAACGCGUGUACGAAGACGGAAUACUGUUAAGAGUGUUAGAAAUGCAACGGAACGUGAUUUAGAACGAAAAGUAGGCGUAGAAAUUCAAAUUAGAGAUGGAUCCACGAAAUUGUUGGCUGCAGCUCGUCAUCGUACGCAAACUUUGGAAGCAGCGCGAGCGUUGUUUAUAUCUAAUGAAAAAAUGUCUAUGUACUUAAAAGAAUUACAACGUCGUAAAAAGAAUUUGUUCGAAUCGUCCAAGUCAACAGAAAGUACAGCAACAGUUUCACUUUCUGAGAUUAGAUUUCCAUUAAUGUGGAAAGAUUUGGAUCAUUUUAAAAAUCGUGGGGAUUAUAGAAGAUUCGCUGUCUUUUGUAUGGCUCGUAUAGGCACAGAAAUAUGUGACACAAGUUUACUCUGUCCUAUAGAUAGAACACAUACCGAUAUUACUUUUACAGAUCCUUUAAUAUUUUAUAAUGUACCAGCAGAGUUUGAGCUCACAUUGGAAAUUUAUAGCUGUAUGCUGGAAGAAGAUUUUAGCAUUGCGAGUACUCCAUUGAAAAUUACUAAAACUAUACAUUCGUCAAUAUCCAGAACGCUUGGCAAAAAAUUGAGUGCAUCUAUUAACGGAGAAAUCAACCACGUCCAAUUAGGUCCACGCUUUGAACUGGUUGCCUCCGCCAAACUGACUAUAGAAGAAACAGAUAAUGAUGUACGAACGCAUGAUCUUGUUAUAAAUCAUGUUGAAAACAAGAAUUGUAUGUUACCACUUUUUGGAUACUUUUGCUGUCGCUUAGCAGUAGAACCCGAAUGUAUUAACUCGGAUAUCCAUGCAAGCAUAAUUGAUAUAAAUGGUCAAAAGUAUUGGGCACGUUUACGUAACUUUUGCGUUAAAACGUGGCUCUCCAAAGAAUUGGAAGAUGAAGAAAAAAAUGUUAUUCAUACUAUUCCUAUAAAUAAAGAAACUAUUAUUCAGCCAUCGAAAAAAUCAUCCAGAAAAAUUUUAUUAACAAACUUUAUCGAUGGUACUAAAAAAAUAAUUAUAUUCGUAUUAAAAUCAAAUAAAGAAGCUCAAGAAUGGUUGAAAUAUUUAACAACUCAUUCGAAAGAUCAUGGCAGGUGGAAAAGUGUAGGGCAAACAAUUGAGCGAGUACAAUCAACAGACAAUAUUAUUCCAGUCCUUUGUGAUAAUAGACAAGGUUCCUUGUAUGAUGAAACAUCAUUGAUAGAAUCCAUUCCAUCCAGUUUAUGUAGCACACAAAGGUUCUCUGUACAAGAUAUUUCUCAUUCAAUAUCUAACAAUGUUUCUGGCAACACGUCGAAUCUCCAUACUCGCUCACUAUGCAAUAAUAGUUUAUAUAAAUUAAGUUCUACUGGCACAAAGCAUCGUUGGUCUUUCUUAAGUAAAGAUUAA